AUGAAAAUUGCGUUGUCCUGCAAGAAUAAACUUGUAAUUGUUACUGGUGAGUAUACUGCUCCUGCAUCUGAUUCUCCUUUGUUUGUACACUGGAAUCGUGUCAAUGAUAUGGUUAUUACCUGGAUCUUGAACACAGUUUCUGAUGAAAUUAGUAAUAGCAUGACCUAUCUGGAUAGUGCUUUUACUGUUUGGAAUGAAUUAGAUGAGCGUUUUGCUGCUAUUACUGGCCAUAAGUACUAUGAAACUCAGCGUGAUCUGUUCAAGUUAGAGCAAGGAAAUGACUCAAUUGAGCUGUAUUUCCACAAAUUGAAAGGUUUUUGGGAUGAAAUUAAGGCUUUAGAUCCAGCUGUUCCCUGCACUUGUGGUGCCACUAUACCAUAG